AUGGACAACAAUAUUCGAACGAAAGUGCAGUGGAUGGUACCCGGUACGGUAGAAAUGGCGUGUGUUGUCGGCAACGUUGCAGUAGCCUUCGGAUUAGGAGGUCACAUCCUUUUUGUUAAUCUCAAGACGUCGCAAAAGUCGUACUAUAUUGCCGACAGUGCCCAGACCGGUAAUGGAGUGGCCUGUCUGACCGGGCAUAAGCUUUUUCCUGUACUAGCGUUUGCCGAACGAUGUGUUAAUCCACGGCUAGUGCUUAUCUCAUACCCGGCAAACGCAGUGCUAUCAAUUCUUGAAGGUGAUCAAACGGAACGUUCCUAUAUCGCUUUAUGCUUUUCGGAAAGCGAGCUUCUGGUGGCCUUAACUGGUGUUCCGGAUUAUACGCUUGAGGUGUACGCGUGGCGGAGCAAGGAGCUACUGUGCAAGAAAGCUACCGGUAUUUUCUCUGACCAGCAGCGACUUGUGUGCAGCCCUUCUACCACCUUUGCCGUAUGCCAGUAUGCACCUCGUAAAUCAGAACUAAAACUUUGGGAGGUACACGGAAAUAUACGCAUUGGUAGACUGAUCGAGCGCACCGUACAGUUGGCGAUGGAAAAGGACGAGCUGCCGCUAUGCAUAACCUUCCUGAUCGAUGGAAAUUUGGCCAUCAUUAAUCAAAAGGCUAAGAUUACCAUCGUAUCUCCCUCCUCUGGACUAAUAGGCCAAACCAUAGACACAUGCAACGUGGUCCCAUCCAGCACCGACUACAUUCCGUUCAUUUUCUACUGCAAAGGCGGGCUUUUUGCUAGUGCUUCAGACGGUCAGGUGAACUUUUACAAGAAGCAAAAAGGCACCUGGAACCAGGUGUGGUCCACCCAACCGGAUGCUCCAUACAGUCAACUGCUGCACUUCUCCAGCUCGGAAGGGCUUUUGGGUGUCACGGUCGAUGGGGCAAUCAUGCGUACCUCCCUGGAUGGCGACGUUCGGAAUGUGGAGUUUCGUAUCGUGAAAGACCUGGACGUCGGUUACGGUUUCUGCUGUACUUGUUCCACGCUUCCAGGUCAAACUGUAGCCAUUAAACCGACCGGAAGUGUCCGGGUGCUGUCGCUCGAGACUGGAGCGACCGGGUGUUCCAUAAGUGUCGGUAAUCUGCAGUGCAUUGCACAUCAUCCGCAGAUGCCGUGUAUGGUGGUAGGAUCUGAAUCCGGCGUUCUCCAGCUGAUCGUAGCGGACCGGCAAGGGCAAGCGAAGUUAGCCUCCCAGCUGUACCUUUCCCGCCAUCCGCUUGUAUCGGUGACGUUCGCCGUUGUGGACUGUAGCUACUUUGCCGCCGUGGAUCAAACCGGAAAUGUGGCGAUCGUGGAAGUUUCGGUGGACUGUCAGCUGCAUGUGCUGCAGGUUUUCGAUGGACUACGACAGGCAGCAAAUGUUUUCUUCUGGUGUAGCAAUGAGGAAGCUCUGCUCGUACAGCCAAUGGAGGACUUGCACAGCAUCAGAUUUGAGGAGAUCGAAUUUACUGUCAAACAGCACCAUAGUGAAGAGACCAAACGAACACGGUUGCUGUUACCGAAACGUUACACACAAAUCGUUCCAAAAUGUUGCCAAACGGCGUUCCUUUUUUAUGCCCAUCGGGCACAGUGCAAUGUUAUCGAUUUGCUGGAGAUUUAUCGUUCAGAGGGAGCCCUCACUGUUCUCACGCUGAAGUCGGUGGUGACGCCUCAGUCUGCGCAGCAUCUGGAGCUUUGCGUAGACGAGCGGUUUCUGUACGUAUGGUCGAUGGAUGGAAAAAUUGCAUUGUACGAUGAAUCUGGAGCAAGUGUAAACGCCAUUUGCACGAUGAACUUCAAUGGACGGUUUAAUGGAGGCAUCAGACAGGUUUCACUGGAUCACAAAAAUGAGUUCUUGUCCAUCCUCUGCCACAACGGAUUGCUGAUUGUUUCGAAAUUGAUGCAAGCGUUCCCGCAUUCGAUCACCAAAUCUUCACAACGAGAAUCAAAGAUGUUGGACUAUCUAUCUAAGUCUGACGCGUCCAUUGAGGAGGAUGAACGGGAACCACCAACCGGCAGUUCUCCGACAAUGGUACCAUGGAUUGAGAAGCGAGAAAUGGAGCGGCGUGCAGUCAAGGGAAAAGUCUACGAACCGGAACAUGCAGCAAUAUUCGAGGAGUUUGCUGAGAUCAAGAGGCAGAUCAGCCGGCUGUUGGAUCGAAAUGAAAAGGCUCCCCUGGAGGAACGGUUUCCACUUCAGGUGUUUAACCUGAACGCGGAAGCGACUGAAAAGUUGACCCAGAAAGCAAAUGAAAGCAAAAAUAACGAACGUAAACGAUUGCAGCAAUUUAUUGGCUCCCAGGGGGAGAUUAAUGAAAAACUGAUAGAAAACUGUUGGAUGACGAUGAGUAAAAAACCGUGGAAAAUAAGGGCGAUGUUCAAGCGUGCCUUUGUGGAAAAUUACGCCAUGCUGCCCGACAGCCAGUACAAGCAGUAUUUGAACAAAGUGUGCGUGUACCGGGAGACGGAACUGAAUGCGAGCCAUGAUGCAUUGCUCCCGUGGAAACCGACACCAACUUAUCAGCUGGAAUCAAUCCUGAACCGUGAUCCAGACUAUGGGAACGUGCUGGAUAACUUGGCCCGCGCGUCCAUUAAGAAAUCCUAUUCUCUCUCAGGUACGACCACGCAUCGGUUCUUCCAGCCUUACUCAUUACGCUUCGAUCAGCUAGAAGUCGUAACGUUUGAGCAGCUAUGCUUCGAACGCAUUUGUGGAGAUAUGGAAAUCGAAAAACUAAGGAAUUUGUUCAAUAACAAGUUUGAAGAGAUCAAAACCCUGAAACAGGAAGAAAUGGACCUGGUGUUGAAGCGGAAUCGAAGGGUACGCUACGUUCAGGACGAGCUAGUUUUGCUGGCAAAAAUGAUGGCGGAUCGAAGCACGUUCGAGGUGGAGCAUAUCGACGAUCCGGUCUUCGAAGCGGACGAGCGUCCCGAAACUAUCAUUCAUACGGAAGACUCCGAGAUACCCGUGGCGCCCUUUGUUAGUCCUAGUGUGGAACGGUUGAUGGAAUUGGACCGAUUGGAGCGAGAGCGACGGCUCCAGGAGUUUCUUGCUGACGACUUUAAGGAUCGAGCCCUUGUGACCAUGAUGGACGGUGUCCUGGAGCAUCGCUGGGAGGACGAGAUUAAGAAGAGCCUGCCACUACCACAGUGUUUGGAAAUUGGUAAAGAACCCCAGCACUACAAUGAGACGGACAUCCGCGAGGUUCAGGAAUACGAGGAACAGAGUAAAACGUUAUACCAAGAACGGAUGCGCUACCGCAAGAUGUUGCAGGCAGAACUACAGGAGCUCGCUGUCAGUCUCGACCAGCAGAUCAAGCGGUUCAAUACUUCUGUGGCGAAGCUGACGCUUGAAAAGAUCAUAAUUGAGUCGGCCAUCCGGCAGGAAGAGAUGCGUAUCCUCCGCGCGAUGUUGUACAACCAUGCCCGUCUAAUAUACGAUGCUAGUGGCAAUCGACUGCGGGAACAAAUCGACCAAACGGCUAAAUACAUCGAUCAGCUGACGGAUGUGAUGAACGAGUUCCAGGAAAAAGUGGCUGACUAUCGGAACACCUACGAAACGCUCCGAGGAAAGGAUCGUUUACUGGACAAACAAUUCAAAAUCAACUUCUCCGACACCGCCCAAUCGGCAUUGGUUGAUCAAGCGUAUAAGAUAUUUAAAAGAAGACCCAAAACUCAGCUGCGCUCCAUCGUUACGGUGUCGGUGUUUCAGGACCUAGCCAAACGAAUCGUCGCAAAGAAAACAGCAGGAACCCACGGGAAUUUACUACUUCCGAAGGAAUGUUUGGACUAUCUGACGCACUGCGAAACGCUCGAUCAGCAGUCAAAUUGUCCGGCAGGGAUGGACGGCAGUUUGUGGCAGACUUUGAUCAAAAUGCGUCGCAUAAAGAUCGAAAGCGAGUUCAGGCUGAAAAGUUGUGAAUUGAUGCUGUCGGACGCGGAAGCAGCGAUUGGAGCGUUCCAGCGUGAAAUAACCAGCAAACGAAAUAUUCUCACAAGUAUCGAGCAAAAUCUGGAACAGCUUCGGCAUGAAAAGUUUGAAGAUGCCACCAAUCGUACGGUGCAGUUGGUUAUGAAACGUGGCUGGAUCGAGAUACAACAGACUGGCCGGGAAAGCGAUUUUGAACGGUGCGUUCUAAUACAUCGUAGUGACGUGGAGGACAUCAAUGCCAUCAUACGGCGGGCGGGCUCGAAAAAGCUAAACGCUAUGGUUAACGCCGCCAUGUUCCGGCGCAAGAUCAUUUACCAAGAGUGGGAGCAUCGGGCGCUCAAGCUUCAACUGCGCGAUCUCCGCGAUCAGCUGGCUACGGUCGAGAAAUGCAAGAUCACCAAGGAGGUGCAGAGCUGGCUGAAGAUGAAAGGUAUGCGACGGACGGAAGACUUGAGCCAGGUGGCGCUGGAGAAGAAGAUACGUAACGCUAUACAGAACGAGGAGGAAAUGUUACAGGAACUAAAAAAAUCUCUGGAAGACAUCGAGCAGCGUAUCAAUACCAAGCGUAGGGAAAACAAGGCCCUAGACCAACAAACGCGAGCGUUGAACAUUGACGUAACUGAGCAGCACCUGCAGCGCGAUACUGAGCUGGAGCAAACGGAACAGAAAGCGACCCAGGAUCGAAUGGCUGCGAUUGUCGAGCGCGCCCGGUUGGUCCGGUUGGUGCAGGCUCAGCACACGCAAAUUCUUGAGCUCGGCACCAUGCUCGAGCUGCAGCGACUCAAGACGUACCCCACGCUGACGGCCUCCACGAGCGUCAUGACGCACAAUGCUCAUCAUUUGCUAAGCAACUGA